AUGUCUUCACAAACUCCUUAAUUACAUUAACUCUCUAAUGUCUUUGAGAUAAUAGCAAGAUAUAGUAUUUUAUGUACAGAGGACAAUUAUAUUUAAAAACAAAACAUCGCACAAUUAAGUAAAUACGAAAAACCUCGCUAAAAAAGGUCGCAAUCUUUAUUGGACCAAGUUUUAGAAAAAAAAAGUGAACUAUUGUCAAAUUUCUAAAAAAGAAAAAGUUUUAUGCAGAAAAAAAGGAAUAUUAUCUGA